GGUAUUUACUUUCACAAAAGAACAAAGGGGUCGGAAAAGAUGACAAGCAGGUUCUCUAUCCAGUGUGAACUGUAGGCAGCCUACUUUGCCAAGUUGAAAUUAUGGACUGCCACCGACCUGGUGUGUGCCUGAUCCCAGCCUAAGAAUGGUGGGUGGAGGGACUAUUUUGUGGUAACUGAAAAUCAACCUCAGCUGACAAUUUGGAGUUUCUUUGUCUGCAUCGUUAUUAACAUAAAAUGCAAGCCGGUUCACCAUACCAUGGUCGAUCAUCAGAACAUGGGGCUUCCAGAAGCAACUCACAAACCCCUACACCCACCACUUUUGACUGUAUAUUUUGCAAGAAGAAUCUUCCCGCCGAAGCAUUUUCAAAAACGCAAUUGUCAAAGGUUACCUACAACCCUUGGGCACCUCAAGGCUUUAAAAACAAUAAGAAGAAGCAACAGAUUUGCUGUAAGCAGUGCACACCAGGGCAAUCUACUACCUUGACCUGCAUGAUUUGUACCAAGACCAAGAAGUUAGAAGACUUUGCCAAGGCACAACGAAGAAAUGCAGAAAAGGCUCGUUGUUUGGCGUGUAUGAAGAAGUACCACGAUGAAGACAUUUAUGACUCGGAAGACGACUUGGAUGAUGACUAUGGCGAUGGCGAAACUUGGAAUGAUGUACUGUAAUGCACUCUUGCCUUUAGGUAAUCCUACAUUAUAACUAAUAUCCCUUGUACUGCUUUUGUGAAUAUUCGAGACUGCGUUGGUGUAUUCAAUACAUACAAACAUUUAUACAUACAUAUU